AACUAAACAAGUCACCGGGACACAACAGUCGAGUUUGAAAUUCGUUGUGGUUCGACGCCGGUCACAAAACCGAAAUCACUUAUCACAGUUAACCGAAUAAAAAUAAUAUAUUGAUAAAUAAUAGUUCUUUUUUUUCUUGUCAUUGUGCAUCAAUAAUACCGGAAAAUAAUAUCGCAAUGGCGUAUAAAAUUACGGAAGCCGUACAAUGCGGUAUUGUGUACGUUGUGGUCGCGGCAAUCGUAAACGCGGCUCCUUCGUCGAAAUUACGUGAGUAUAACGUGUAAUACCUAGUUUACAUUCAGCCGCUUCCAUUGCUACUUGCGCUGCCGUAUUUAGAGCUCUUGUUAACGGCGACGGACAACGGUCCGUUUUCUACAACGGACCGUUAUCCGUUGCACAGUGUUGCAUAGAUUAGUAUAUUUGAUUGUUAAUGCACCGGACAACNGCACGUUGCAGUGAACCACGCUAGUCUAUACGAGUGUGUUGACAACGCCGGUAUUCGCUCCGUUUUUUUUCAAUUCUCAAUUUAAAAUCAAACUUAAAACCUAUGAAUAUGGAUAUUGAUAUCGAUAUUGAAAUGUUGAUUUCCCUGGUUGAAAAUAGACCUGUGCUUUGGGAUAAAACUUUUUUUUCUAUUUGUUUUUAAUUUUAGGAAAAAAUGUUAUAAAAAAAUGGAAUAAUGCAAGAGAUAAUUGGAUGAGAUGUGAUAUAAACAUGCCUUAAUUUAUCUUGUACUAAUGUUAAUAAUUUUUGAAAUGUUACUUGACUCAUUCGAAAGAAAUUAAAAAACUUUGUUUCGUCUUUCUUUAAAUCUUCAAAAAGAGUGCAGAAAAUUCCAUAACUUUUUCUUUCCAAUAAAAUAGGAUGUACCCACAUUUUUUUCUUUCUUUUUUCUUUCUGCUGCAUUUUUUUGNGUAUCCGGUAAAAAAACGGACGUUAACAAGAGCUCUAAAGAUACUUCUGUGACAGCGUCGACGGCAGUGAGUGUUUACAUUGCCCUGCUAAUUAUAGCAGCGCGAGCAGCAAUUGACCGGAUUGGUCGCAUUGCCGGUUAUGUUGCCGCUCACGCUGCUCAGUUUACCGCUCUUGACGGGAACGCCGGGCAGCGUCAGUGCGAGGAGUAUGAUCAGCGCGAGUGACGUGUUUACAUACUCGCGCUGCCCAUUUUUAUGCUCACUUCCCUACUCACUGCCACGGAAGUGGGCUGAAUGUAAACUAGGUAUAAUAUUUUAAUUGUUGAUUUUGGAAAGAAUGCAUUUAUUGAAUAAAUCCUCUAUAGAUGAUAGUUUCAAAUGAAUACAAUUUUUUUUUAUUUUUAAAGAACCAGUGAAUACGAAUUCAUUCAUUUUAUGUCGGAAUGUGAAUGGAAAUUAUACAAUUCCAAAAAAUAUGCAUGUUGAAAUUAUAAACACCAUAAUGAUAUGAAUAAUAAUUAAUAAUUAUAAUAAAUGUUUUUUUUUUGCUUUCUAAUUUUAUACUGAAAGUUAAAAAGAUACAUAUUUCGUAUGAUGGAUGAGCCACCAUUAUUGGUGAGACGUAUGAGAAGGUAGGAUAUAGAGAGGAAUUUAUUGUAUAUCUGUAUGCAACGAUUAACCACUGCAAACGAAAAACGAUUCUGAGCGGAGUUCGAUUAUAGAUGUUUUAAAAGGGAGUAAUAUUUACGAUUUUCGUCAAAAUUUGGUAUUAAAAUACGUAUAAAAAAAAUGCUAUAUUAAGCUCAAUAUUUUCUUAUUGACCACCAAGUACAAUACUUGUAAUGAAUCUCUUGUGAAAUAUUCAAGCAUUUAUAUUUGGUCUAACCAUUUUAUCCACAGAGUGCCUACCGAAUAAAAAUUACAUAAAUUACUCGCAAAUAUAAAAUUUCUAUAAAUAGCUCAGAUGUUUUAAAAAUUAUACCAUGACUAGAAAAGACAAGUAUAAGUUUUAUGUUCAAAUUUAAAAUCACUACGAAUAAUUUUAAUUAAAUUACAACAAAAUAAUAAAAUUGAAAACAAUAUAAUCAUUUCUUAUUAUAAAUUUUUCUCAUUUUUCUUACGUUUUUUCUCGGUUUUCACUAAUUAUUAUAAAAAACCCAUAGACAAUCAUAGAGUCACCUGCCUAAUGCACCAGCUAUAUAAAAUGAGAAAAUGGGCUACAUUUGAAGAUCAGAGCAAGAUUUCUAGUAGACAUUUUAUGUACAGAAUAAAAAAAAUAAAUAAUCACUGUUAAACCAAUACAUUCUUCGUUUCACUCUGAAUCUAAAAUUAGUAUCUAAUCUAAUAUUAUUAAAUUAUCUGGCCUUUUCUAGCUCUUAUACGAUUUUUCCCGGGUUUUCUUAAUCAUUAUGAAAACCUCUUGGAAAAUUACCUUCUCAACUAACUAGAUCCAAAAUGCAACAAAAAAGAUCUCUUAUCAUUGUUUGAUGGGAGCAAGAUUUUUGAUAGAGAAGUGAAAAAAGCAAUAUUAAGCAUACAUUAUUAUAGUAAAACCAAUACAUUUCUCACUACGCUCAGAAUCUAAAAAUAAAUCAAAACUUUCUUAUGAACCAAUAUUAACCACAUAGAUAUAGCAUUCUCAUAUCACACUAAUUUCGAGUUUGUCGACUAACUUGUUGACACAAAGUUUAUGUAUCUAACAUAGUCUAAUAUCAUUUUCACAAACUCGUAUUGUUACAGCGAGUGGUUUUAUUCAAUGCAGUAAAAGCGAUCCUAAUAUCGGCGAAUGUUUACGGGACGGACUUCAAAAGGCUAUUCCUCAUAUGGUACAAGGUAAUUAAAAUUAAUAAAAAAUUAAUACUUACACACUUUGGCGUAUUUUUAAUAAUGCAUUUUUUUAUUGUACUUAUAUAACUAAAUGAAAAUGUAUAUCGUAUAUUUUUAGGUAUUCCUAGUUUGGGUAUGAUUAAAAUAGAUCCGUUGCGAAUUUUGUCGUUGAAAAUUGACCAAACCAACGGACGGAUUAUCAUUAACAUGAACUUUACGGAUGUCGAUAUAAUCAAUCUGAAAUAUGUACAGGCGAAAAAGGUCAAGUGAGUUGAUUUUAUUAACAAUAGUAGGAACGUACGUUUUUUAUUUUGUUUAUCAAAUUAAUUGCGUGACAAAAUAGUUAUGAUGUCGAAAACUAUCGUCUUCAUUUCGAGACAUUCGUUCCAAAGUCUAUAAUAAUGGAAGGAGACUAUGAAUUAGACGGAAAAGUGAUGGGCUUUCCGAUCAAAGGCAAAGGAAAAUCUAAAUUUACUUUAGGCAAGUAUAAUAGGAUUUAUAACUUUUCAACUAAACGUACCUAUUCAUUUGAAAUACAUGUAACUUAUUUUUAUUUUUCGUUUAGACGUUUCAAAGUAUAGCGGUGACGUACAAUUGAAACCGGUGGUCAAACAAGGAGAAACCUAUUUGGAAAUCGUUGACGUCAAAUGGACAUUUGUACCGACAUUUUUGGACAUAAAACUGGACAAUUUAUAUGGAAACAAAGAAUUGAGUAUGUUUGAUUUGUUACAAUAAUAGAUAAUACAAAAUUAUAUAUAACAAUUAGAUCUAUAUUCUGUAUAGCCUACUCAGUGGCGUGGAAUGCAUAUAAACAGUGUAAGCUUUGCUUACACUUUCAGUUCUGAAAUGUUAUAGGUGUAUUUUUAAAUGAACAAUAUAUGCCAUAAUCAAGUUUUAGUAAUGUAAAAUUAUAUUAUAUUACAUUUUGAAAUUUUGAAAUCGUAUAAGGAGAUAACAUAAUAUGAGCAAUUUUCAAACGUGUUACACGACCAAUCAUCGUGAUUUCAAUAGCAGGAUACUAUUUACUAUAUACUAGUACUAUCAGCGUUGGUACGACCACAUAAGACACUGCUAUGUUGGAACUCUCAUUAGUCAUUUUCACUUAUUGACUUGAAUAGUUCAAAAUAUUAUGAAUACUUGAUAGGGCCUAUUUAGGACUUAUGGUUAAUUAUUUAAAUUAUUUUUGAUUAUGUUAUAGCGACUCUCUGAAUGUGAUAGAGGUAGAUGAAGGUACAGGUAGGUAUACUUUUUUUGGUGAUUGCUUAUACCACUGACUAAAUCACGCUACGUCAUUGAGCCUACUCUCUAUAGUCUAUGGUAAAAGAGUCUCAUAGAGAUAUGAAGUCAGCAGUCGUAUACUAAGAGAGCAGUAGUGACCUGAAACCUCGUACACAUUAUUUGGUCGGCUAAAUAAAUAAAAAGACCCCUCCAUGUAGGUAAAAUUAGGAAGACAUGAUGCCCACCUAACCCACUAAAAGUUCUCCUAAAUAUAUCAAAAAUAAUAUAAUUAGCCCUUAAGCCCUUAAGAAGGUUAAACUAAACAAAUAAAUUUACUAUCCCCCUAUAGGUCAAAACCUUAUACCAAAAAUCCAUCAAUCUUGAGCCCUUCUUUAAUAAAUAUAAUUGAAAUAUAUAGUAUUUAUUUUUUAUGUUUGUACUUACUUGAAAUUGAGUGUUUUGGUGUAGUAUAUUUUACGGAAUUAUUAUGCAAUAUUAAAAUUAUUCUAAACUUUGUGGCCAUUGGUACAUUGUAUUUUAAUAUUUAUCUCUAAAAUGAACCUAGGUAUAAAAUAUUGUAGCUUUGUAGCUCUUUUUUUAUUUUUCAUCUUAUUUUUAAUAAUUUGAAAUUUUGGAUUUCUGAAAUAUUGAAAAAAAAAGCAUAGACAUAAUGUCAUUAAUUUUGGUUGUUAUCUAAAAUAACGUAUUUUUCAUGUUAUCAGAUAAUUAUAAUGAAAAUAACAAAUAUUUCAUGGGUUAAUUAAUGAAAUUUGCCCUCUUAGUAUAUUGAUAGCUUGCAAGUUUCACACUAUACUCAUAAUAGUUGGAUAUCUGGUUAUUGUAUACAUAUAUCCGUGGUUACAAUCAAUACAAUAAUUAUCUGCAAGUAAAUUAUUUAUCAAAUAAUCGAUAUUUAUUAUGACAGGCAAGAAUAUGAAUGUAUUCUUGAACGAAAAUUGGCGCGACAUUUUAUACGAAUUACAACCAGCUUUUGAGGAAGUCCUGGCCGUUGCCUUCGGUGAAGUUGGUAAACAAUUUCUCAAACGUAUUCCUGAAAACGAAAUACUUCUCCCUUAAACGUUAGGUUCAAUGUAUUUAUUUUAUUUAUUUAUUUAUACAGUUAUAUAAUAAUAAUAUUUAAUUUAAUUUAUAAACAUAAAUUUUACAAUAUUUUAUUUAAUGUUAAAAAUUAUUAUUCUAGAAUCUAAAACUAAACACCCACGUAAAAAAUGUUUAAAGUUUUAAAUUACAAAUUCCAUUUUACCUAUUAAUAGAUGCCUGGUUUUUAGAAAACAUUUUAUUGUAAUUAUUUUAGUGUCCAAACUCUUGGACCCACUUGAUUAUCUUAUUUAUUGUUGUUAUUUCAUAAAACUAUUAUAAAUAUCAUAAGAGUUUUUGUUUGUAUUAAAAUUUGUAUAAAUAUUAUGUUUUUGACUUUAGAAAUUACUUAUAUGUAAUUUAGCUAUUAUAUAGUAAUCUAUUUACAUGGUAUUAUAUUAUUGUGAAUCCAUUUUGUCAUUAUACUACAAUAUUUUUGUUAUUAUAUUUAUAAUGGAC